CGGGGAGGCGCGCUCCGGCCGCGCUCGCUCCGCGCUCCCUCCGCUCGUUCGCUCGCUCCCUCCUCCCUCGGCGGCCGCGGCGGCAGCAGAAGGCGGCGGCGGCGGCUGGGGAUCAGACAUGGCGGCGGAUCUGAACCUGGAGUGGAUCUGCUCCCUGCCCCGCUCCUGGACUUACGGGAUCACCCGGGGCGGCCGAGUCUUCUUCAUCAACGAGGAGGCGAAGAGCACCACCUGGCUGCACCCCGUCACCGGCGAGGCCGUGGUCACCGGGCACCGGCGGCAGAGCACAGAUUUGCCUACUGGCUGGGAAGAAGCAUAUACUUUUGAAGGUGCAAGAUACUAUAUAAACCAUAAUGAAAGAAAAGUGACCUGUAAACAUCCAGUCACAGGACAGCCAUCACAGGACAAUUGUAUUUUUGUCGUGAAUGAACAGACCGUUGCAACCAUGACAUCUGAAGAAAAGAAGGAACGACCUAUAAGUAUGAUAAAUGAGGCUUCUAACUAUAACAUGGCUUCAGAUUAUGCAGUGCAUCCAAUGAGCCCUGUAGGCAGGACUUCACGGUCUUCCAAAAAAGUUCAUAAUUUUGGAAAGAGAUCAAAUUCAAUUAAAAGGAAUCCUAAUGCACCUGUGGUCAGACGAGGUUGGCUUUAUAAACAGGACAGCACUGGCAUGAAGCUGUGGAAGAAACGCUGGUUCGUGCUUUCUGACCUUUGCCUCUUUUAUUAUAGAGAUGAGAAAGAAGAGGGUAUUCUGGGAAGCAUACUGUUACCUAGUUUUCAGAUAGCCAUGCUCACCUCCGAGGAUCACAUUAAUCGCAAAUACGCUUUUAAGGCAGCCCAUCCAAACAUGCGGACCUAUUAUUUCUGCACUGACACAGGAAAGGAAAUGGAGUUGUGGAUGAAAGCUAUGUUAGAUGCUGCCCUGGUACAGACAGAACCUGUGAAAAGAAUUACCUUUAAUUUCCGAGUGGAUAAGAUUACAUCUGAAAAUGCACCGACUAAAGAAAUCAAUAACUUUCCCAACCAUAGAGUGCUAAUUAAGCCAGAGGUCCAAAAUAACCAGAAAAACAAGGAAAUGAGCAAAAAUGAAGAAAAAAAGGCAUUAGAAGCUGAAAAAUAUGGAUUUCAGAAGGAUGGCCAAGAUAGACCUUUAACAAAAAUUAAUAGUGUAAAGUUGAAUUCUCUGUCAUCUGAAUAUGAGAGCGGGCCAACAUGCCUGGGUCAGACUGGACACUACAGGCCAGUCAAUGUGAACAGUUCAGAAAACAGAACAGUCAAUGUUAGCCUGGCAGAUCUUAGAGGGGGCAGUCACCCAAACACAGGGCCCUUACACACAGAGGCGGAUCGAGUCAUACAGAGGACGAAUUCAAUGCAACAGCUGGAACAGUGGAUUAAGCUGCAGAAGGGGAGAGGUCACGAGGAGGAAACCAGGGGAGUCAUUUCUUACCAAACAUUGCCGAGAAAUAUGCCAAGCCACAGAGCCCAGAUGAUGGCCCGCUACCCCGAAGGCUACCGAACACUCCCGAGGAACAGCAAGACCCGGCCCGAGAGUAUCUGCAGCGUGACCCCCUCCGCUCACGACAGGGGCGCAGGACCCGGGGCCGAGGAGAAGCGGCGGUCGAUGAGGGAUGACACCAUGUGGCAGCUCUACGAGUGGCAGCAGCGGCAGGUGUAUAACAAGCAGAGCACCCUGCCUCGCCACGCAAGCCUGACCGGCCCGGAAGCCGUGGUCAACAUUUCCGGCCAGACGAUGCACUCCAUCCCCACGUCGCCCUCGCACGGCUCCAUGGCUGCUUAUCAGGGCUACUCCCCUCAGCGGACCUACAGGUCCGAGGUGUCUUCCCCGAUUCAGAGAGGAGACGUGACCGUAGACCGCAGGCACAGGGCGCAUCACCCCAAGCACGUCUAUGUGCCUGACAGGAGGUCGAUGCCAGCUGGCCUGACUCUACAGUCCGUUAGUCCCCAGAGCCUCCAAGGCAAGACGCCAGAGGAGCUUACGCUGCUGCUUAUAAAGCUGAGGCGGCAGCAGGCCGAGCUGAGCAGUGUCCGGGAGCACACGUUAGCGCAGCUCAUGCAGCUAAAGCUGGAGGCCCACAGCCCAAAGAAUGAAAUCCUUACACAUCAUCUUCAAAGGAACACCAUGUAUUUGGACCAUCAGAUGAAAGAAAAUGAACCUAUUAUCACCAUGGUUCACACAAUGAUUGAGAACUCGGCGCUAAGACCCCAACUGUACCAGCAAUUCUUAAGACAGAAGAACAAGAUAAGUCUAUAUUGUCUGUCACAGGAUGAAUGUAGAGGCACGUUGUACAAAUACAGACCUGAAGAAGUGGACAUUGAUGCCAAGUUAAGCCGCUUAUGUGAACAAGAUAAAGUGGUCCAUGCUCUGGAGGAGAAACUUCAGCAGCUCCACAAGGAGAAAUACACGCUUGAGCAAGCUUUGCUGUCAGCCAGCCAAGAGAUAGAAAUGAAUGCCGAUAACCCAGCAGCCAUCCAGACCGUGGUGUUACAGAGGGACGAUCUGCAGAACGGACUGCUGAGCACUUGUCGAGAACUCUCCCGAGCCACUGCCGAACUGGAACGAGCGUGGAGAGAAUAUGACAAGUUAGAAUAUGAUGUCACUAUUACCAAGAACCAGAUGCAAGAGCAGCUAGAGCGCCUCGGUGAAGUUCAGACUGAAUCAGCAGGAAUUCAGCGUGCACAAAUUCAGAAAGAACUCUGGAGAAUUCAGGAUGUCAUGGAAGGACUGAGUAAACAUAAACAGCAGAGAGGCACUGUGGAAACAGGUAUGACAGGAUCAAAGCCUUUCUCAACAGUUAAGUACAAAAAUGAGGAAGAGGAAGUAGUCCCACCUCGUCCUCCACUUCCUCGGUCCUAUGACUUUACAGAGCAGCCUCCCAUAAUCCCCCCUCUGCCCAGUGAUAGCAGCUCCUUGCUCUGUUAUAGCAGGGGCCCAGUCCAUCUGCCUGAAGAAAAGAAGAUUCACCAAGUUCAAGGAUAUCCAAGAAAUGGAUCUCACUGUGGUCCAGAUUAUAGACUCUACAAGAGUGAACCAGAGUUAACAACAGUGGCAGAAGUUGAUGAGUCUAAUGGAGAAGAAAAAUCGGAACCUGUUUCCGAAAUGGAAACCUCCGUUAAAGGUUCCCACUUUCCUGUUGGCGUAGUCCCCCCAAGAACAAAAUCACCCACACCCGAAUCUUCGACAAUAGCCUCGUAUGUAACCUUAAGGAAAACGAAGAAGAUGAUGGAUUCAAGAACGGAAAGACCAAGAAGUGCGGUGGAACAGCUGUGUUUGGCUGAAAGCACUCGCCCUAGGAUGACUGUGGAAGAGCAGAUGGAAAGAAUCAGGAGGCAUCAACAAGCGUGUUUAAGGGAAAAGAAAAAAGGAUUAAAUGUUAUUGGUGCUUUAGACCAGUCACCGUUACCAAGUCCUUCAAAUAUAAGGGAUAAUCCAUUCAGGGUUACCCAGACUCGAAGGAGGGACGAUAGCAUUAAGGAACUGGACGCCAUCAUUAAAGAAAAUGAUGUAAAACCAAGCCAUGAAACUCCUGCAGCAGAGACUGUCCGACUAAAAGAAGCCGAACCUCAAAAUACAGAUCUCAGCCAAGAGUUUAAAAAAACUAAAAAUGUUUUUUCUGAAACACUUUUCACACCUGAGCCAAAUGGAGUAAGUUCUGAGGAAGUGAUAGAUAAAGAAAGAAGCGAAGAAAAAAUGCCUGCGGAUGUUUCACACAGCCCUCAAGAUGAGUCACAGGUCACAAAUCAUAAACCAGAAGGCCACCCUGAGGAAGAUACGAAGGACGAUGCUCAAGAGCAGGAAGAAACUGUUACUGCCUACGAACUUACUCCUGAGGCUUCUCGAGGAAAUCAAGCAAUGGCAGCGAAGAGCCUGUCCCCGUCUCCCGAGUCCUCGGCACCCUCGGCAUCCCCGGCUCCGUCCGCGCAGCCGCAGCUCACGGAAGGAUCACAUUUCAUGUGUGUGUAGUCUCAGAAAAACUAUACUGACUUCUGUUGAAACCAUUCAAAGCUAAGGACGCGGACCUUUGGCAAUGUGAGAAGAUAUUGUACAGUAUAUUUUAAAUCUAUGAAAUUCAUAGUUCUGAUGCUUUUGGCCACAGAGCAUCAUUUUAUCACUUCUGGAAAAUGUUUAUUCCAAAACAGCUUUAAUGGCCCAUAUGUACACUCAAGGUUAUGUAGUGUAAUCUCAAGGUUAUUCUUCCGACACCAGCUUGCUGCUAUGAUUUCAGAGCACAUAAGUAAAGGUGCUUUUUAGUGUGUGGUCUACAGACAGAGCUUUCUUAGUUGCUGAUCUCCAGAUUUUGAUGUUUCUAAAGUCUAGGUGGAUUUAUAUUUCUUUUGGCUUUUCAGUACAUAAAUUUAGUUAUUAUUUCCAAUGAAGCUUGUUUUCUUUUAUUUUCUUCUCCUUUUUCCCAUUUUGGCUACUGCAAUGCUUUGUUUCACACUUGAUUUGUAAAAAUUUUAUAUAUAUAUUUAAAAUGUGCCAUUUUAUUAUUGCUAAGUGAAGUAUGUCCGUUUUCUGCUAUACUUAUUUCUCGGUCAGAUUGCAGUGUCAGCAGUUACUGCCACACUCUUGUCAGCUUAAAAACUACAAAUGUUACCGCUUCCUUUUUCUUAAAAAACCGUUUAAAAUGUAGGUAUUUUGAAGUACUGGGCUUCUGCUUCAUUGGACUAGAUGUGUACAGCAAUAAGCAGGUUCUCAAAUCCAGUACUUAGUUUGUGUACAAAUGUAAUUAUGUUCAUUGUGUAUAUAUUAUACAAUGAGCACCUGUAAUGUAAGUAUUAAAGGCUACUUACUAUUGUUUAAAUGCAAAUGUUCAUAUCUCAUUUCUUUUUUAUCAUGUUAAAUAAAUGUUGAUGUUCUUAAA